AUGUCGAGGUUUUUCCUUCUGUCAUUAAACUACAAUUUGAAAGAGCUUCCCGAUGGAAUAUUCGGAAACAUCUCCUUCGCUUCGAUGCAUCUGAGCCUCACCGACCUCGAGACGAUCGCUCCCUCGGCCCUCCUGCCCUCCCGGGACCGACUCGCCCAGCUGGCCGUCGUGCACAGCAGCCUCGAGGAGUUUCCCUUCGAGCUUCUUCCAAGUUUCUCGCGUCUGGAGUCGCUCGAUCUCUCGCACAAUGCGUUGACGUCGAUUCCUCCCCUUCGAAGCUAUAGCCUUCAGAAACUUCAUCUUUUAAAUAAUCUCAUACGGAACGUGGAGGAGGACGGAUGGGACACUCCCAACUUGAAAGAACUAGAUAUCGGCAAGAAUCCCCUGUUGAGAUUCCCGUCGGCAAUCCUGAACGGCCUGGAGAAACUGGAAGAAUUCUCGUGCAACUCAUGCAAUCUAGGUCCGACACUUUCAAGCGGAUUGUUGGAUUUCCACAGCAAGGCCUUGAGAGUGGUAUAUCUCGAUGAAAACGAAAUCUCUACCCUGGAACCAGGAGCUAUCACAGGUCUGCAACCGAAUACGAUUGCUUACCUACGACGGUUGGAGAACGUGUCCUUGUCCGAGAAGGUCUUCCGCCCCAUGGUGGAGAUUCUUUCCGAGGGGACAGGAGUUCUCGCGCUCGGGAGUAAAUCCUUCCGUUGCGAUUGUGAUAUCGCUUGGCUGUUGAUCGAUGGAACGUUGAUGAGGAGCGUCGAAGGGGGAUGUUCGAACGGAACCGAAUUCAGAGACUUGAAUUUGGAUUCCGUGAAAAACUGUCCUCGCCCUUGUCCUUACGAGUGCGUCAGCAACAAACUCGUCUCCCUCUGCGCAUCGGGGACAGGGAUUCUCUCGAAAGUGGACGACUGUCGAUCUCAUGAGACGGACUCUCAGACCAUUCCGUCUCUCAUAACUUGUGAUCACAGUUGUGUAUCGUUGCCGAAUGUCCAUGUCUGUGUUCCCGGGACCGUUAAGGACGAGACAGAAUGCAAGCAGAUGGAAGAAUUUUGCUGUCAGUUGCUGACAGAAUCGAAAGAAAGUGGAUCUGAUCCCUUACCACCCUUUAAUGAAGACCCAAAUAUCGAGCUCCCCCAAUGCGACACUACGAUCGGUCGCUGCUUGCCCGUUCACCUUCCAGGUAGAUGCCGGAAUGAUGAUGAAAGGGAAUUUACGGAUCUUUUCCGGUGCUCUGGAGACCUUCGUUGCUGUGCUUCGAAGACGGCCGUCGAGAAAAGGAAACUGGAACUGCUCUCCAUCGAAAAUUUCCGUGUCGGAGAGAAACAAUACUUCUGCAGGAAACAGCGAAUUCGUCCAUUAUCGUCCCUUAUUUAUGACGGAAUGAAAGCCAAAGAACAUGUGUCUAGUAUCAUCCUGCACGAAGAGUUCAACUUCUACAAUUAUGACUCGCCCAUUGCCCUGGUGAGGCUGACUGAGCCGGCAGUUUUAACCGACCGAGUGCAAAUAGUAUGUCUCCCAACUGGAUUUGAUCUGUUGCAGGAAUACCUCGAAAAUGGAACGCAAGGAUGGGUGGCUGGUUGGGGUCAUGAUGAAUCUGAUAUCCUCAGUGAGGAGCUGACGGAAAUGGAAAUCCCAGUUUUAUCCAAUCGCAAAUGCUUUCGGGACAUCAUUCAUUUUACAGGCGACCCAAGCAAGGCUAUAACCCUCACGUGGAAAAUGUUUUGUGCAGGGUUCGACAAGGAAACUUCUUUUGAAGAAUUGAGCCAACGUCGGCUUCGUGGUGGAGUAACAGUGGUUAUUGUGUUUACAAUGAAUAAAAUGCUCAUUGAAGAGGUGGCCCAACAAUGGACCCUGGAUGGCAAACCCGGCAAAUCAUCGGCAUUGGCAGACAUCCAAGGAAGCCUCAAUCAGGUUGCCAAUAUUGGGCCAUUCUUGCCCCAAUUCACUGGCCGACCAUCGCCCGAUGAGACAUUAUGGAAUUGGCCCGUCGUUGGCAACCAUGGGUGGUCCAAGCACUUUGCCGAUGACAUGCCAUGCUUGGCCCAAUGA